AGAGAAGAAAAGGAAAAGGAAAAAAUAAAAAGUAGCAGAGGAUGUGUGUGACAUCAUAGAUAGAUCCGAAUAAAUAGCUGCACCAGUGGCUGUGUAUGCACACGUAACAAGCUCGCCGGAAAACUGGCUUCGACGGUGCUCAUCGGAACCCGCGACUGUGAUUAAUUAAACGACGAUGAGUUCUCCGUCGCCGGAAGAGGAUUCAAAACAAGGAGAAGAAGAAGAGGGAAACCGCCUUCUACAAAGGGAGGAAGAAGAUGAAGAAGAGGCGGCGUAUGAAGCCGGAGAGAAAAUCGCGGUGGUGGAUUUCGACUUCGAAACGGUGGACGAAUCAACUGUGCCACCAUUUUCAUGGAAGAAGCUAUGGAUGUUCACAGGGCCAGGGUUCUUGAUGAGCAUAGCGUUUUUGGAUCCAGGGAAUCUGGAAGGGGAUCUGCAAGCUGGUGCCAUCGCCGGUUACUCGCUGCUAUGGCUGUUGAUGUGGGCUACCUUCAUGGGUCUCUUGAUUCAGCUUCUUUCUCUCAGGGUCGGCGUCGCCACCGGCCGCCACCUCGCCGAGCUCUGUAGGGACCACUAUCCAAAUUGGGCUCGUCUUGUGCUGUGGUUCAUGGCUGAGGUUGCUUUGAUUGGUGCUGAUAUUCAAGAGGUUAUUGGUAGUGCCAUUGCGAUCCAAAUUCUUAGCAGAGGCCUUUUCCCUCUCUGGGUUGGAGUUCUUAUCACUGCUUCUGAUUGCUUUUUCUUUCUAUUUCUUGAGAACUAUGGAGUGAGGAAGUUGGAAGCUGCUUUUGCGGUUCUCAUCGCUACCAUGGCUCUUUCUUUUGCCUGGAUGUUUGGUGACGCAAGACCUAGUGGGAAAGAACUUAUGAUGGGUAUUUUGAUUCCAAGACUCAGCUCAAAAACAAUUCGUCAGGCUGUAGGUGUUGUGGGUUGUGUCAUAAUGCCACACAAUGUAUUCCUGCAUUCUGCUUUGGUGCAGUCAAGAAAGAUUGACCCACAAAAGAAAGUCCGUGUACAAGAGGCUCUCAAUUACUAUACAAUCGAGUCCUCAGUUGCACUUACAGUCUCCUUCAUGAUCAAUCUAUUUGUCACAACAGUUUUUGCUAAGGGUUUUUAUGGUACGAAGCAGGCAGAUAGCAUAGGAUUGGUGAAUGCAGGGCAGUAUCUUGAGGAAAAGUAUGGAGGAGGGGUCUUCCCUAUUCUUUAUAUAUGGGGAAUCGGGUUAUUGGCAGCUGGACAGAGUAGCACUAUCACUGGAACAUAUGCCGGGCAAUUCAUUAUGGGGGGUUUCCUCGACCUUCGGUUAAAGAAAUGGUUGAGAGCAUUGAUCACUAGAAGUUGUGCAAUUGUGCCAACUAUAGUUGUAGCUAUUGCUUUUAAUAGAUCGGAAGGGUCACUGGAUGUUUUGAAUGAGUGGCUUAAUGUGCUUCAGUCCAUGCAAAUUCCCUUUGCACUGAUUCCCCUCCUCACGUUGGUCUCCAGUGAGCAGAUCAUGGGCACCUUUAAGAUUGGGCCUGUUCUUGAGAGGGUGGCAUGGACUGUUGCUGUACUGAUAAUAGUAAUCAAUGGGUAUCUCUUGGUAGAUUUCUUCGUUUCUGAGGUGAACGGCCUAUUGCUUGGUUUUGUAGCCUGCUCUUGCACAGUUGCAUAUGUUGCAUUCAUUGUAUAUUUGGUUUCAUUGAGCGGUGCUCUUCCUUCCUCUUGGGUUAAUCGACUUCCUAAGGGAUUUUCUACUAUUGCUGGGAAUUAAAUCAACAAAGUUCACAUGACAUGAAAAAUAUGGAAAUAGAACAGCAAGCUUCUGCAACAAUUUUGCAUGAGGAGUUUUGCUUCAUACACCAUAGAGGAAGUUUAUAAAGUCUUCUAACCUUCCAACCACGAUUAAAGGGAGAACAAGGUCAGAUAGUGGAAAGCACCUAGAUUUAACUGCACUGCAUUUUUGCAAGAGUUACAUAGGUUACCUUCCAUGCGUACCAAGAUGGAGAUAUCUUACUGCAAUGGAAGAUGUGGAGAGAGCAUCAUUGCAACUUGGUUAAUUCUUUUUCUAACAAGUUGUUAAUUGCUGCAUCAUUCUUUAGUGUAAACAGUUUGUAUUUAACUUAUAGAAACAUUCUCAUGUUGCUUUGGUGAAGAAACAUGGAGUAUAUUUUAUAUGAUGAGUGGCCAGGUAAGGCAGAAGACAUAAGUUGUAGGGAUUACUUUAUAGUACAAUGUGAAAUACAUUUUUCUUGUCUCUCA